AAUUCCCCCGGGAAUGUGGUUUGGCCGGGGUGGACGAGGGGAGGUAAUGGCCGUACCCUCUAAUGCAGGAUUGUAAUAUCCCCUCAGCCAGACCUGUCAUCCCCCUCUCUCUCUGCCAAGCCGGCGACCAGCUUGUAAGCUUAGGUGAACCAAGUCCCAGCCAUGGGUAAGGAGAAGGUCCACAUAAACAUCGUGGUGGUGGGCCAUGUAGACUCUGGCAAAUCCACUACCACUGGCCACUUGAUCUACAAAUGUGGUGGCAUUGACAAACGUACCAUUGAAAAGUUCGAGAAAGAGUCAACAGAGAUGGGCAAAGGAUCCUUCAAAUAUGCCUGGGUUUUGGACAAGCUAAAAGCAGAACGUGAACGUGGUAUCACCAUCGAUAUUGCCCUCUGGAAGUUUGAAACCAAGAAGUUCUACGUCACUAUCAUUGAUGCUCCAGGGCAUCGUGAUUUCAUCAAGAACAUGAUUACGGGGACGUCUCAAGCUGACUGUGCUGUUCUGAUUGUUGCUGCUGGUACUGGAGAGUUUGAAGCUGGAAUUUCUAAGAAUGGCCAGACCCGUGAGCAUGUCCUCCUGUGCUUUACCUUGGGUGUGAAGCAGUUGAUUGUUGCUGUGAAUAAGAUGGACAGCACAGAACCAAAGUACUCCGAGACAAGAUUUGAAGAAAUCAAGAAGGAAGUCGGCAACUAUGUGAAAAAGGUGGGCUACAACCCAGCUACUGUGCCCAUCCUCCCCAUCUCUGGCUUUAAUGGAGACAACAUGCUGGAACCAUCUGACAAUAUGCCCUGGUGGAAAGCAAAGAAGAUUGAACGUAAGAGUGGAUCCUACGAGUACUUGACUCUCUUCGAUGCCCUGGAUAACAUUGAGCCUCCAGCCAGGCCAACGGAAAAGCCUCUUCGGUUGCCUCUCCAGGACGUGUACAAGAUCGGUGGUAUUGGUACAGUACCCGUGGGACGUGUUGAAACUGGCAUCCUCAAGCCCGGAAUGGUUGUUACAUUUGCCCCCACUGGUCCAACCACUGAAGUGAAGUCUGUAGAAAUGCACCAUGAAGCUCUGGUAGAAGCUGUUCCAGGUGACAACGUUGGUUUCAACGUGAAGAACGUUUCUGUGAAGGACCUGAAGCGUGGUUUCGUUGCUUCAGACUCCAAGAACGAUCCUGCCAAGGAGGCCGCUGACUUCACUGCACAAGUGAUCGUUUUGAACCACCCUGGUCAAAUCAAUGCUGGGUACACACCUGUGCUUGACUGCCACACUGCUCACAUUGCCUGCAAGUUCUUCGAGCUACUGGAGAAGAUCGACAGACGUACUGGUAAGGUCUUAGAGCAGGCUCCUAAAAGCAUAAAAUCCGGAGAUUCUUGUGUUGUGAAAAUCCCCAGCAAACCGAUGUGUGUAGAGACCUUCCAGCAAUAUGCUCCUCUGGACUUUUGGGUGCGUGACAUGAAGCAGACGGUGGCCGUUGGCGUAAUUAAGGGAGGUGACAAAGAAAAGGCAGUGGUAGACACAAAGGCAGCUGAGAAGGCACUCAAGAAGAAGUAA